GUUAAUCUUUGUACUUAUUAUUUAAUAAAUAAAUAAAUAAAGUAUAUAUUAGUAAUUUAGGUUGGGAAAAAUAAGUAAUCAAUGGUGAUUUGUGAAUGGGUAAUUGCAAAGAAAGCAAGGGGAAGAUAGAAAAAAGAACGAACUUGCCAAACUUCGCAAGACGGUAUCUGAAAAACCCUAAUUCUCAAAACCUUUCAAUGGCUUCCCGCUUUCGAUCUCUGGCAACUCCAACCAUUUCCCUGAUUAAAUCCACCAUCACCAAACCCUCCAUUAAACCCAGACCCGCCGCUUCCUUCACCCUCUGUUCUUCACCUACACUUUCCAGGUCGAUUCCGCAGUUGGGUUCCCUUCAAUCUCUGCUUCCUCUUCAUUCCGCAGUCUCUUCGGCUCGACUAACCUCCUGUCUUGGAAUCGAUUCUUUGUCCUCGAGGUCAUUGUCACAGGGUAUGCUCUGCAGUGCAAACCCAGGAGUUUGAUUUCUCCAUUCUUUAUAAUUUAUUAUCUGUAAGCAACUUUUUUACUCUCGUAUAUGAUUGCAUUUUCUAUUGUGGAUGGGUUGUUUAUAUGGAAGUUAUGAUUCUGCCUAAAUGUAUUGUCUCGUUUUAAGUUUGAAUGUCAAUUCAAUUUUAUGCUUGUUCCGUUCGUUUACUGUUUGGGCUUUUUCAGUAUCAGUUUAUUGAGUGUCUACUCUUGAUUUUCUUCUGCAUCUUAUUAGAAGUCUGAUGUCCGGUUGUUUCUUAGGUUUGAUUGGGUUUCAUUAUUUUAGUUCCUGGGUUUCAAGUUAACUAACUGAAUAAAAAACAGCAACUAAAAUUGUAAUUGAGUCGACAUAUUACUGAUGAAAAUAGAUACUUCCUGGUCAAAUUGGGAAAUAAUUGUCGCAUUCUAAGAAUUCUACUUUUUAUUUUGCUGUCAGUACUCGAUUAUUAUAGGAUUCGAAUAAAUUUCAAUGGAUGGUUUGUUCAUAGAACUUUUGGUUAUGUUAUGUACAUUUUAUAAAUUCGUGUAGUGCUGCCAAUUGUCAAUCUGCCCUUAAAAGUCUUAAUUUUUACUCUGGCGAGAUCAAGAGAGUGACAUUUUGUGAGCUGUAUGAAGUUGAGUUAUGCUAAUUAACAAUUCUAAGAUUAAAGACUGAUGUAAUUGUUUGUUUUUUUAAUUUCGCAAACUAGAAGUGAAGUUAGUAAUAUAGGUCCUGUUUUUUUAAUGCAUGGGAGUAACUCUUGGGAAUUUAAUCAUUGAUCCAUGAAAAUCAUUCUGGAUUUUGCUACUAGAGCUACAUUCUUCACAGUUCAAUAGUUGAAGGUCUAACUAAUUCCUGUACGGAGAAGAAGUCUCUUAUGUCAAUCCAAUAUGUUUCAAUAGUAUUAGUUAUUAUGACUGACACUAAUUUUAUGUUUACAAUUUUUCUCAAAGUUUCCCAAGUGGUUGUCAAAAUAUUUAAACUCCAUUGCUAUUAUAUGUGUCACUUUUGAACCUACACCAAAUGUAAUUCUGGUUCCUGAAGCUAAUGUAUUUAAUUAGAUUUUGAGAUAUUGUAGUAGCUCUUAUGGGUAGGGUAAUAGACAAAGCUUUUGAGAAAGUAGAGAACAAUUAUAUUCAUGUAGUCCACAUUUUGUUGUUGUAUGUGUGUGUAUAAAAUUAUUCUGUAACUCCAUCUGUUCUGAGGAGGUUUUACUUUAUCCUUAAUCCAACUUUAUAUUUAGUAGGUUUAGCAUAUGUUGCAUUGACAACUAUAAGAGAGAGGGAUUGGUGAAAUUAAAAGGCUGACUAAUGAUGUUAUUUGAAAACGGAUGGAUGCUUCAUCUCUUGAAUCAAAUGAUCGAAAUAUUUUCUGCCAUAUGUUUGGCCUUCCCUUUUAGAUGCUCUUUUACUUUUGUCUAUUGAUGUAGCCCUCGGUUUGGUUGAUUUUCAAUCAGCACUUUUGAGGGUAGCAUUUGUUUGAACUUUGAACUAGCUCCUCCACCUGAAAUGAAUACUAAAGUAAUUCUGAUUUUUCACACUGUGUUUCAGAAUUGGGUCUCUGUGUGCCGCGAUGAGAGAUGGAAUUUAAGAGGAUCCUCUGAUUGAUGUGUGGGAUACACGAAAGGAAGGCGAAUCAAAUACUCUGUUAAUCGAGAUUCCUCGAUCUCUGUCUUUUUUGUUUUGGUUGAGAUUAUAACUGAUGAGACAACCCCAGUCCAGAACGUGUUCCCCUUCCCCAAAUUCAUUACUCAUUUUCUCAUAAUCUUUGUUAUCUGAUUUAAUAUUUCCAAACACAAUAUUGCUCCCUAGUGAAUUAGACUUAUUGCUGUCACUGUUAUCAUCAUUACACUACUUCCAAGCAACGGGAAACUACAAAUUUCUUCGUUUUA